GUAACACAGGAUUUUAUUUUAUUUUUAAUAAUAAUAAUAUAGGUGGGAUCCCAUCAUGCACAAAUUGUAUGAGAUCAUAGGGGCCCUGAUUUUUCUAAUGGACCCGCCUCAUGUUUUUAACCACUGCUGUGCCAGAACCAACCUCUCUCUUUAUCACCGCAUGAUUUUGUGUGAACAACAGCAUUAGUAUUAGCAGCUUAUAUCAGCAUUAGUCCUGCUGCUCCAUGCUCUCUCUCUCUCUCUCUCUCUCUCUCUCUAGUGUGCAUGCAUCGACUUUGCUACUGUCUCUUUAAAUUUACCCAGGAGCCCCUUAAGGAGCCCCAGGGGCCCCUAGUCCGGCUCCCCACCCUGAAGACAAGCAAAAAGAGCCUUAAAAUACAUUAUUACUGGAGGCCUUAGCGCCUCCAGAUGAGCGGAGCCGAGCGUUGCGUUCAAACAUGCCUCUGUUGGUAUGAUGACAUGUUACUGUGACAUGUGCGCUGUGGUACCGUGAAGAGGAAGGACCGGAGGAGGACCAGACCAGCCACUAACCAGGCCGGGAUGGAAGAGAGAGAGCCGGGAGGAGACAGCAGCAGAGAGCCGCUGGUGGUGGUGGAGCUGCUCUCAUUAAUAAUAAGCGGAGAAGAGGAGGAAGAAGCAGAAGCGACGCGAGAAGAAGAGGAGAGUGACUUGGGAGAAGAGGAGGGUCUUGCCAACGGCCAUGGUGAGGAGGAAUCAGAGGCUGGCAUGGUCACGCCUGUCCUGUCUCCAGGCACCAGCUACUGGAACAUCACAGAGGGGCCGGACCACCCGUUCCUCCUCUCCCCGGCCCCCGGGCCCAUCGGACGUAAACCCAGGGUCCAGAGGGCCUCGCGUCCGGGCCUGAGCCGGAUCCCGGGACGCGACCACCGCCGCUACUACCACGAGUACUGGCGCAGCGAGUACCUGAUGGACUUUGACCCCCAGCGGCACGGCAUGAUCUGCAUGGUGUGCGGCAGCUCGCUGGCCACCCUGAAGCUCAGCACCAUCAAGAGGCACAUCCGACAGAAGCACCCAGACUCGCUGCUGUGGAGCACCGCCGACAAGGAGGUCAUCCGAUCGGGCUGGGAGAGCCACCUGAGCCUCGGGGGAGGUCAGAGGUCGUACGGCUCUGCUGCCGGACCCUCGCCUCAGGAAGAAGAGGAGCAACUGGACUCAGACCAGCACGCUGCCGCCGAACCCCCGGAGCCGGUGACGCCCCAGGAGCAGCCGCAACAACCCCCCAGUGUGUCUCCCCGCUCCGAGGAGGGUGAAGCCCCCCAGCAGCCCCAAGAGGAGGAGCAGGACCUCCCGGGGCCGUCGGCCCAGACCCUGGAACGCUACCUGAACGACUCGCUGCACGCCUGGUUCCGCCAGGAGUUCCUGAUGGAGUACGAGGCGGAGGCCGGCCGCCUGCUGUGCAUGGUGUGUGGAGGAGAGCUGCCAUCGCUCCACCUGGACCACAUCAAGAGCCACGUGCUGGACACCCACCCCAACUCGCUGGUCUACAGCUCCGAGGAGAAGCACUGCAUCCUGCAGGCCUGGGCUCAGACUCAUGAAGAGUCGGAAAACUCAAUCAAAUCAGAGCCCAACACCAAAGAAGGCGGGGUGGACCUCUUUGCUCAGGAAGUGGAGGCCAUCCAGAUCAACACUGACUUGUACCCAGAAGGCGAUGGCACUUUAACUCAGGACACUUGUCUCAUCGGCGAGGACGGAGGCGUCGGAGCGCCGCAGCAGGGACCGCAGCCCCUCCGGCAGCCCAGGAAGAGGCGGCUGCGCGGGGGCGACCCGUGGCGGCUCCGCCUCGACUACCUGGUGGCCUACGGGCCUCAGGGCCGGGGCAACUUCUGCAUGGUGUGUUCUCAGGUCCUGCACGAAGUCAAGGUCAGCAGCUUCCGCCGCCACAUCCAGGAGUGUCACCCCGAGACGACGACCCUGAGCCGGCAAGAGAGGGAAGCCAUGGCUGCCGCCUGGACCAAAGAUUAUUCUAGUGAAGGCACGCAGAUUCAAGAUGCAGAAAUCAACCCGAGCGGCGCUGAUGUCCUACAUACGGCAGGAGAGAUGAAUGAGGACGCCUCCCCUGAUGUCAGGACACACAGCAAAAUGGUGAAGAAGGAGGAGGGCAUGGGCGGAGGGAAGGGUAAAGCGAGGGACGACGGCGCGGCUGCAGCGGCGGCGGCCACGCCCUCUCGUCACGGCCAUUACCCCGGGAAGGACCAGAGGAGGAACUACCAGGUGCGCUGGCGGAUGGAGUACCUGAUGGACUACGACUGUCGCAGACACGGCCUCAUCUGCAUGGUGUGCGGAGCCACGCUGGCCACGCUGAAGGUCAGCACCAUCAAGAGGCACGUCCAGCAGGUGCACCCUCACUCUCUGGACUACAGCCCGGAGGAGAAGCAGCAGGCCCUGCUGAGCUACAACCAGGCCGCCCUGCACUUCACCCACUCCGACGACUGCUUCUCCUCCCAGGACCACGGGCACACUGAGCUGGCUCCCGCCGCAGCUCACUUUGGCACUUAGAAAGGGCUUCCGUCCGUCGCUCCUCACACGGCCCCCGUCCAGAAACAGCCCACCACCUUCUGUCUUAAAGGGGAAAUUACAGUGUUUGCCAAACAGGAUCUUAUUCUGGCCCCUUGUCUCUGACGUUGCUCCAAAUUUCCCAAAUCUCUACAGAGUAAAAUGGCAUCAUGACCAGAUGUCAUAAUAGACAAAUAUCUGAGAUUGGUUGACAAAUACUGGAAUUUCCCCUUUAAACUGACAGUGUGCUGUGGUUAAAGUGGCUGACACGAAGGAAAUGUCACCACCUACAAAUGUCAUGGCCUAAAAGAAUCAAAGUCCAGCCUCGCUCUUUUGAAACUAAAGCCUUAUACAGGAACAGGAUUGCUGUUACCUGAGGAUCUCGUGAGAUUUAGAUAAUAAUAAAAAACAAUAUUUAUAAAAAUAACAACAACCUUCCUGCUAGUAGCUAGAUGAACCCUCUUAAUGGAUGCUUGAAAUGCUGUUGAAGGUUUCAAUAGUUUCCAAUACAGCUUGAUAAUUGUAGCAGAGGAACAAAACAGCACUUAUGGCAUUUUUGCCCAAUAACACACCAAAAAUAAACUGCCUCCCCCAGCUUUGAUGUGUCAUAUUAAGAGAAUAUUUAGCUGGUGAACAUAGGACCCUCGGGACAGAGAUACGCUCCUAUCCCUGGCUAGCUAGCAUGCCAGCAGUUAAAGGGACUGUUUGUAACUUCUUACACGUGUAAAUUAAUCCGGGUCGGUGUCCCAUGCGCGCUCGCGUGUGGCUACGCUGUUCAGACUCAGACUCCAACACAAACUACACGGAAGCA